AUGACAACCAAGGCGGCGGCGGUAUUCGGCUCCACCGGGGCCGUGGGCUCUCAGAUCCUCGCCACUCUCCUGGCCACAGACACCUUCACACCCGUCAGGACCAUCUCGAGACGGGCUCCGAGCGCGCAGUCGCCCAAGCUCCAAGCCCUCGAAGAGACCGACAGCUCGAAAUGGGGCGGCGUGAUUGCCUCCAUGACGCCCAAGCCGACAGUCGUCUUCAACGCCGUCGGCACCACAAGAGCCGCGGCGGGCGGCAUCGACAAGCAGUGGAAGAUUGACCACGACCUGUGCAUUGAGAUUGCCAGAGCGGCAAAGGAGGCGGGCGUGAAGACGUUUGUGUUCAUCUCGAGCGGCGGCACCAGGGGCUUCGCGUCGAGUUUCGUGCCCUACUCCAAGAUGAAGAUUGGCGUGGAAGACGCCAUCAAGGAGCUUGGUUUCGAAUACGCCGUGAUUCUCAGGCCCGGGCUGAUCCUCGGCAGGGAACAGCCCAAGGCGCCGCUACUCGAGAGUCUGGUCGGCAACCUGAACAAGCUGGGACAGUGGGCGCAGGACCGUGUCGGUCAAGAUCAGACCGUCAUCGGGAGGGCGGCGGUUGCGGCCGCAGCAGCGGCAAACGAUGGAAAGGCGCCGUCCAAGUUUUGGGUUCUCGAACAGGCCGACAUUGUGAAGCUGGGCAGGGACGAGUGGAAGCAAUAG